AUGCAGCAGCCGUCGUCACCCUCGUGUACAGUGGCCGGAGGAGGAGCAGGAGGAGGCGGUGAGGACCCGAUUGACGGCAUCGUGUUCCCUCCGGAGUUGCUACGGUGGCUGCUCGACGACGACGGCGGGUGCUUGUACCGCGCGACGAUGGGCGCGGAGGCGGAGGCUUCUUCUCGCUUCCGCGCUGCUGCUCCCAGUCCCCACUCAUCCAUGCAGCAGCCGUCGUCGCCCUCGCGCACAGUGGCCGGAGGAGACAUCGUGAUCCCCCCGGAGUACCUACGGUGGCUGCUCGACGACGACGACGGGUUCUUGUACCGCGCGACGACGGCCGCGGAGGCGGAGGCUUCUGCUCGCUUGCGCGCUGCUGCAGCCACCAGUUCCCACUCACCCAUGCAGCGGCAUCCGUCGUCGCCCUCGUGCACAGCGGCCGGUGGAGGAGCAGGAGGCGGUGAGGAGGACCCCUUUGACGACAUCCUGAUCCCGCCGGACUACCUCCAGGGGCUCGACGACGACGACGAUGGGUGCUUGCACGGCGCGGCAGCAAUAAUGGGCGCGGAGGCGGAGGACGAGCGGCGUCUGUCCGAGGCGCAGGUCGGUGACCACUCACCAAUAAUGCAGCAGCCGUCGUCGUCGCCGUCGUGCACAGUGGACGGAGAAGGAACAGGGGGCGAUGGAGACCCCUUUGACGACAUCGUGAUCCCCCCGCACUACCUCCAGGAGCUGCUCGACGACUACGACGACGGGUCCUUGGACGGUGAGGAGGCGGAGGCGGAGGCGGAGGACGAGCGGCGCCAGCGGCUGGCAGAGGCGCAGGCCUGCGGCGACGGCGGCUGUGUGGAGGACGGGCUGUCCAUGACGUACCGAGGGCACACGCACGUCUUCGACUCCGUGCCGCCGCACAAGGUUGAGACCAUCCUCAUGCUUCUAAACGGCUAUGAACUUGCCCCUCAAAGCGCGAAGCCAAAACCCACUAACCUGGUCCAUCCUAUUGUCGUGCCUCAAGACUUCGACAGAGCGGUGGCCAUGUCGCGCUACAGGAAGAAAAGGAAGAGCACGAUGAAGGCAGAUUACUCCGUCCGAAGGGAAAUCGCUUUAAGGAUUGCUCGAAGGGGAGGGAAAUUUGCGCGUUCUGAGAAGAGCUCUGAAAUUUCAGUUGGGAUGGAGGCGGCUGAGCUUCAAUGCUGCGCCAACUGCGGGGUGAACAGCGAGGUGACACCCCAGAUGCGGCGAGGCCCAACCGGCGCCAAGAACUUCUGCAAUGCCUGUGGGCUGGCGUGGGCGACCACCGUCAGUGCUCCCAUCCCAUCCUUUCAUAUAUAUGCCCCUCCCUUUGAUAUAUAA